AUGGGCUCAUCAGCAUCCAAGGCAUCGCGAGCAGCAGGCUCAGCGGCGCGUCAAUACCCGAAGCGAGCGGCCAAUACUCAAACCCCAAUGACGAAUGCGACUCCACGACCACCGCCUCCAGCACCCCAUAACGAGCCCGGUCCAUCAGUGAAACCUCAGCCUUCAGCAAGUGGCAACCGCUCCGAAGCCAUCAAUCUCGACGCCUCAGAUCCAGACUUUGCCCAGUCACUUCGGACUAUUGGGCCGGUGCAACCUAACCCUACCCUCUCACCAACGUCCGCUUUCAACCCUGGCCAAGAAAUACGAUCCACUGCUCCCAACCCACGCUCAAACCCAGCAUUGGCUGUGCUGGACGCCAGGUCAAGACUUGCGGAUGAAGCUGAGAGCGAGUUCAUGGAGGCUGGAAGACGAGGCCACGAAGGCAGACAAUUCUUGGACGUCUAUCAAAUUCGGCAGAUCUUGACAUUGAGGGAUCAGCGUGGAAAGUCUUCUGCAGAGAUUGAAAGACGGUUGGGAUUGAAGAACGGUGUGGUGGAGCGACUAGGUGCCGCGGGUGUCGUGGAAUUGGCGCAAGAGACUGGCAGAGCGCAAAAGGAGAUCGAGAUGGUUUGA